AGGCCAGGGACAAGAGCGACAAUGGAUUUCGACCCGGUCACUCAACCCGAGCUCUUCGGCACCGACAACAAGAAGAGCACAAUCUACACCGUCAGCUUUGUGCUGCUGACUUUUGCCACCAUCCUGGUCGCGCUGCGGUUCUACACGCGAUACUACAUCCUCAACCUCGUGGGCCCGGACGACUGGCUGGUUCUGUUGUCUCUGGUUUUCUUUGCGGCUUUGGUCGGCUGCGAACUUAUACUGGAAAGUCGAGGCCUCGGGCAUCACAUUGGGACGCUACCCAAGCCAGAUGGGUACAAGAUAUAUUUGCAGACCUUUUGGGUCUCGAUCCAAGUCUACAACAUUGCCGUCACCGUCGUCAAGAUGACAUUUCUAGCGCAAUACUAUCGCAUCAUGACGCUAAAAAAGAUGCGGCAGUGGGUGCUGAUCGUCACCGGCAUCGUGGGAGCCUGGAGCAUCUCACAGAUCUUCAUGGGCAUUUUUAUCUGCGUGCCCGUCUCCGGAUUCUGGGACUCGACACCCGACAUGAAAUGCCUUCCCAAGUUGACGAGCUGGUACGCAAACGCCAUUGGUAACAUCAUCGCCGACCUCCUGAUCAUCGUGCUGCCCCUGCCCAUGAUCAGGAACCUGAACCUUCCAGGCACACAAAAGCUGGUCCUAAUUGGAAUCUUUUGCCUGGGUUUCUUCACGACCUCGAUCAGCGCAAGCCGAAUCCGCUUCCUCGGGACGCCGGUCGACGUGACGUUCGAGAACCCCGAGGCCGAAUACUGGUCGCUCGCCGAGAUCUGCAGCGGCAUAGUCUGCGCGGUGCUGCCCACGCUCCGGCCGCUGGCCGGAAAGUACCUCCCGACCAUGUUCGGCAGCCGGUUCACGCGCAGCGGGUCCUACUUCGUCUCGGGGCGGCGGCAGACGUGGCAGCCCAAGGGCACGACGAGCGGGCUGCACACGUCGUCGCUGGCCAACUCGUCGCAGCAGCGCCGCGGCAAGAGCCACAGCAACACCAUGGCGAGCAGCCGGGCCGCGCAGCCCGCCGACGACGAGGAGCAGCUGACGCCCGGCGGGUUCAGCGACCUCGGCAAGCCGCUGUCCACCAUCAACAGCAACGAGGAAGGGUUGGCGGAGGAGGGGCGUGGACCCGGCAUCGCCAAGGGGGACGUGAUGGAGAUGCAGGGCAUGGGCGGAGCAGGAGCGCAAAGAACGCCGGAGCCCAUGUACCCGGAUAGGGUCUACGCGGGCAACAACGCGCUGUCGCCUACCUCGGUGACGGCGGGCAGGCGGUGGGAUGGGGUCCAUGCGCCGCCGAGGGGGCCUCCGCCGGCCGGCAUAAUGGUGCAGCGUGAGGUCGUGAUACAAGAGGAACACCGACCUAUUUAG